GAUCGACCAAUCCUAAAAUCAAGGACUAAUCAGACUAAUCAGAACAACAAAAGUCAACAGGAGAUACCACUAUCAUUCGCGUUAAGACAAACGUUCUAAUCCAGAUUAUAAAGUUAUUUUAUGUUAUAAAAAUGGUUCGUGCUUGGUUCAUGGAUGAUGAUCCCUCCGAUCAGCGUUCAGAGCAUCAACUCAAUCCACCGGAAUUUUUAGAACUGGCAGAGUUGUUCAACAAUACUGGGGUUGAGUAUUUCAAGCUCAAUGGGGCCACUUAUGAGAGCGAUGGAUUAUUAGAUAAAAUCCGUAGAGAGAGGGGCUACAGUUAUGAGGACGAAAUAGUUUGCUCUAAGGAGUGUCUGCCGGAUUAUGAGAACAAACUCAAAAAUUUUUUCACUGAGCAUCUACAUACAGAUGAAGAGAUCCGUUUUGUUAUCGAUGGUUCUGGGUAUUUCGACGUACGCAACGGUAAAGAUGACCGUUGGAUUCGAAUUGAGGUCAUUGCGGGCGACAUGAUAAUCAUUCCGAGCGGCAUUUACCACAGAUUUACAUUGGAUACUAAAAAUUUCAUACGGGCCAAGCGCUAUUUUGUUGGAGAACCAGUUUGGUUGCCCUACAAUAGGCCAGCAGACGAAAUGCAGUGUCGCAAAGAAUAUCUGAGAAAAUUGGAAACUGGUUUUGCUGCUUAGUAUGACGGUUCGAAAGCAGGAUGUCACAUGUGCUGCAAUAUAUAACAGAUCCGUAAAGAUCCGUUUAUAUCAUUCUAUUGUACAAAUGGUCAAUAUUCUAAAAUACAGGUGUUAUAGAAAGAAGUAAAUAAGUA